AUGAGGAUAAGGAAGAGAGGGAGACAGACGUGCGAGCUGGGCUCGGGUCUGGGCUGCGAUUCGCUGGAUCGCUGGACUGGUCCAUUUUAUGGGACUAGACACAGAAGGAGACAUUUUUCUCCAAGAUAUACUGGGAACAACGUAUGGAUUCAUAAGCCCAACAGUACAGUUCCCUUACCAGUACUGAAGCUCCUUGAUUCAGGUAAUCUUGUGUUUGGAGAUUCUAGCAAUCUGACGGCUGGAGAGUACCUGUGGCAAAGCUUUGACCACCUAGUUGACACAUUAUUACCAGGAAUGAAGCUUGGCUGGGACAAGAAAACUGGCAUCGACCGAUCCAUGAGGUCCUGGAGGACAGAAGGUGAUCCAACUCCAGGUGAUUAUUUGUUCAGCAUUUGUGGGCCUUAUGGAGUUUGUAAUGAUGGAGAUCUCCCCUGCGGGUGUCCUGAUGGUUUCACAGCUGCAUCACCAGAUGCAUGGGGCAUGAUGAAUUUUACGGAGGGAUGUAGGAGAAACAUCUCACUUAACUACACCAAUAAAGACGUCUUUGUAGAGAAUAUUGGACUGAAGUUGCCUGAUAAUGCUACUUACUGGGGAAUGUUGUACCACCAGGAGUGUGAACAGAAGUGCUUAAAUGAAAGAUCGUAUGCACCUGUUUCCGACAGCAGAUGGAAACAUGAAUGGACAGUUUUUGCUUCUUUAAUCUCAGAGCUGGCACUACUUAUUAUUUUGCUUAUAGUUGUUGUGGUUCUAUGUCAAAAAAUGAGGACAAAGGUGCUAGAUGAACAAGAAAUCAAUCAGCUGACAAAUUCUCAAGGAGCUUUGCUGCAAGGCAAUAAUGUCAUUGCAUAUGAUUCCAGUGAUCUAGCUAUAGCCACUAACAAUUUCUCGCUGGUCAAUAAGAUAGGGCAUGGUGGCUUUGACAAUGUUUAUAAGGGUGUACUAGAGAAUGGAGUAGAAAUAGCAGUGAAGAAGCAGAACGUGACUUCACGUCAAGGAUUUAUUGAGUUCGAGAAUGAAGUCAAGUUAAUAGCAAAGCUACAACAUCAUGACCUAGCCAAAUUGUUGGGAUACUGCAUUAAUGGAAUAGAAAAAUUCCUAGUCUAUGAGUUCUUAAAUAAUAUUUUUCUUUUUGUAUUUGUUUUUUGUACAUGUCUAGAUCCUGCAAAAAGGGGUACAGUAACAUGGCCAAUGCGCUUUAACAUUAUCAAAGGAAUCGCAAAAGGAUUAGUUUACAUACAUCAUGACUCAAGGUUGACAAUAAUCCACCGGGACUUAAAAGCUAGCAAUGUCUUUCUAGACAGAGAGAUGACACCCAAGAUAUCUGACUUAGGGUUGUCAAGGGUAUUCGAAGAUGAUGUUGAAGAAAAGACUCAGCAUUUAAUUGGAACACGUGGUUAUAUGCCUCCUGAGUACAUGAAAAAUGGACAUUAUUCAACAAAAUCAGACGUUUUUAGUUUUGGAAUCCUGGCAUUGGAGAUUGUGAAUGGCCAAAAGAAUUAUGAUUAUCGGCACCCAGUCUAUGAUAUUGGUCUAGUAGACUAUGCAAGCAGAAUUUGGAGUAAGGGGAAUGCCAUAGAACUACUGGAUCCAAUGAUUGAAAAACCAGGUGAUGAGAAUGAAGUUUUAGGAUGCAUCCUUGUUGGGCUCUUGUGUUGUCAACGCCGUGCCCAAGACAGGCCUUCAAUGAUUCAGGUGGUUUCCUUACUGGAGGAGAAUGAAAUGUCAAGGUUAAAUUUUGUGCCUCAGGAACCUUUAUACUCCAAGGAGUUGAGUCGCGGUGCAGGAGUUGAAACAGCAUGA